GCUCCUUAAAUCUGGUUUUUCUUCCAGCUUUUCAGAUUCUUGGAACUCCAUUUUCAUCUGGUUAACUGUAUCUGCUGUCGAGUGAGCUUCAAGUCCAGACUCUAAUUUCUCUUCAACUUUAAUUCUAAAAUGUUGGUUUGAAAAUACACCGUCGAAGCUUACUGUCAAAAUCAUCUGUUAAAAUUUUGUGAGUCACCCGUCAUUGAACAUAUAACAUUAACAUUUACAAAAAUUCUUCAUCAAAUUGAGUAAAGACCAAGGAAAAAAUAUAUGUGAAAUAUAUUUUGAUCAAAAGAAGAAUAUCGCAAUUGGAGAUACAUAAGCCACAUUCCAAAAAUGUUUGCGCGUACGGGAAACUUUGAUAAACUUCUCGAGAAAGCUACUAGUCAUCUGUUGAUGGACCCCGAUUGGGUGUCUACAUUACAAAUAUGCGAUUUAAUAAGACAAAACGAUGUGCAGCCGCGAUAUGCUCUGGCUGCUUUGAAGAAAAAACUGACCAGUACUAAUCCGCAUUCGGCUUACUAUGCUCUUCUCGUUGUUGAGAGCAUGGUUAAAAAUUGUGGUCCUGUUGUCCACGAGGAAUUGACAGCAAAAGCUUUCUGUGAUUUUCUGCAUGAUUUAGCAAAAACAACUGUUCACGAGAAUGUUCGCACAAAGCUGUUAGAACUCAUACAAGCCUGGAAUUUUGCAUUCAGAAAGAAUCCUAAGCACGGCGCUCUAAAGGAUUUGAUGGCAGCCAUGAAAGCAGAAGGAUACAAGUUUCCAGUUCUGCGUGAAUCUGACGCGAUGUUCGCCGCCGAUACGGCCCCAGAAUGGGCGGACGGCGACGUUUGCCAUCGUUGCAGGGUUCAGUUCAACAUCAUCCAGCGCAAGCAUCAUUGCAGAGCUUGCGGUCAGGUGUUCUGCGGGCAGUGCACGUCGAGGAGUACUACUUUACCGAAGUAUGGAAUCGAGAAGGAGGUCCGAGUUUGUGAUUCCUGUUUUGAGCAAGCCACAAAGCCAUCUACUACUAAGCCAUCAAAAGCUGACACGGAGUUGCCUCCAGAGUACUUGAAAAGUUCACUAGCGCAGCAAAGUCAGGUACUUCUAUGCUCACAAGAACCACCAAAAAAGAGCGAAGAAGAGUUGAGAGAAGAGGAGGAGUUGCAACUAGCAUUGGCUUUAAGCCAAUCGGAGGCUGAGGCAAAAGAGAAAGAAAAGCAUAAAGGACCCACAAGCAUACUUAGUUACAAAGCGCCUACUGAAGCAGUGACAGAACGUCCUGUGACACCCCGUGAAGAGGCUACUGCAAGCAGCAAUCCUGAACUGGACCGAUAUCUGAACCGAUCGUACUGGGAGUCACUACAUUCGAGCGGUGGUGGUACUACCUCGGACGACCAAAAGGGAGCGCCCGCAAGUCCUUCAGCUCCAAUGGCUGCGAACGAGGUGAGUUAUUCAGUUCACACCGUAGCCGAUGUUGAUUUGGAAGAAUUCAUCAAAACAUUGAAGAGCCAAGUUGAAAUUUUCAUAAAUCGGAUGAAAAGCGAUUCCAGCAGAGGAAGAUCUAUAGCCAAUGAUACAAGUGUACAGACGUUAUUCAUGACAAUCACAGCAAUGCACUCGCGAUUACUGACCCAUAUUCAUGAACAUGAUGACGCUAGAGUGCAUUUUGAAAGGCUACAAGAUAAGCUUACACAGGUGAAAGAUGCGAGAGCAGCUUUGGAUGCUUUGAGAGAAGAACACAGAGAUAAAUUGAGGCGAGAAGCUGAAGAGGCCGAGCGCCAAAGACAGAUGCAAAUGGCGCACAAAUUGGAAGUGAUGAGGAAGAAGAAACAGGAGUAUUUACAGUACCAAAGACAGUUAGCCUUACAACGAAUUCAAGAGCAGGAACGCGAGAUGCAGAUGCGCCAAGAGCAGCAAAAACAGCAGUACUACCUUCCGGCUGGCCCGGUAACAGCCACUGCUCAGUACGGCUCGUACAUGGGCUCGCCGGUACAUGCCGGAACCGCGCCUCAACAGUUCGUACCGCCGAAUAGUGCGCCGCCUGUGGGGGCCGGCUAUCACUCGUUCCCUUAUCCCCAGCACAUGAUGCAGCCACCGCAGAGCGCGCCGCCUCAGAUGAGCGGCCAGCAAGGUAGUCUGAAUUCCCAGUCGCUGCCCCACCAGAUGCCGGGGGCUCCUCCAGGGUUCCCUCAGGGCGCGUCGCAUACCCAGUUACCCACCAAUCCGCAAUUUCAACAGGCGAUGAUGGGUCAGCACGGCAUACCACCACCACCCGGUAGUCAUCAUGGAAUGCCGACGCCUAGUAACCAGCAUCAGAUGCCCCCGGGACAAGGAAUGCCCUCUGGUCAACAGGGAAUGCCGCCUAAUCAACAGGCUAUGCCUCAACGAAUGCCUCAGAUGGUGCAAGGCCCUCCGGCAAUGGGAGUUCCCCCACAAGGAGGCAUUCCGCAGCCGCAGGCAGUGCCUCAGGCGCAAAUCCCCGGACAGGUUCCGGGACAAUUCCAACAACCUGGGCCCCCUCAGCCUAAAGAAGAGGCACAAACAGCAGAGCUAAUCAGUUUCGACUAAGGUGAUAUCUAUAAACGCUAUAAAUUAUUUACUAAAUUGUAUGUUUAUCUUUGAUAUGGAUGGAAGCAUGCAAUAUGCACGCACAGUAGAGGAAAUUGAGGUAUACAAAUAAACUUAGUCUCAGCCAUAGAGAAAUAUGAAUAAUGAAUUGCGGUAUGAAAUACAGGGGGUGUCCAGUGGGAAAGUUCAGUUUUUGAGUAAAGCAAAAAAUACAAACUUAAUGUAAAAGAAAAUAUUUAUUACUAUCAACAUAUUCUUAAAAUCGGCGGCUAUUAUUUUUUAAAUAUCAUUCCGUCCAAAUGUUUGCCAUCGCUUCGGACACGCGCGCGCAAAUUCUGAAACACUCUCUUACAAAUUAGUUCAUUCGGAAAAGUCGGUGAACGCCAAACUGGCAAGCGAGCUCAGGGGUCAAAAUUCAACUGGACUAUUACUGAAUCACCCCACCAUGUAGUAAGAGAUCGUCUGUCUACGCAUUUUAGCAAAAAAAUUGCAAAGACCUUUUUUGAUGUCCCAAAAAUUAGAAAAAUGUACGUUUAAAAAAAACCCAGAUAUCCUCAGCUGUUUCAGCGAAAAAGAGGUUUUUUGGUUUUUUCACUGUUUUACAAAAAAAACGGCUGGUUUCCGGAACACCAAAUUCAUACAACAAUAUUCGCAAUCCUUCACUGGACUAUUGUCUUUAAGCUCCUCCAGUGUUCGUGGAUUAUUGGAAUACACUUUUGACUUUAGAUAAUUCCACAAAACAUGAUCGCAUGGCGUGAGGUCGGGUGACCUAGGAGGCCAGUGCAUGUGUCUCCAAACUUCGAUAUAACUUUUUGAGGAAAAAGUGCGUUCACCGUGUCCAUCGAUUCUCUGGAAGUAGGGGCAGCGGCCCCAUCCUGUUGAAACCAUGUGUUUCUGUUAAAGCGACGUUCUGUUCUCACAAUAGGAGCAAAAAAAGUGUCAAUCAUGUCCAUUGUAUCGCUCAUACCGUUUCCAUCUUCAAAGUAAUACGGCCCAAUAAUACCGCUAGAGGAUAUGGCGUGCUAAACAGUCACCUUUGGACUAUUAGCUGUUGUUGAUAUCUCUCUUUUAAGUUUGUUGGUACCCAAUAUCUGCAAGUUUGCUUGUUCACAUAACCGUCUAAGUGGAAAUGGGCAUCGUCACUGAAAACGACGUUCGGAGAUCUGCGCUGUGUAGGAAAAAAAUUCAACAUCCGUUCAGCACAGUACGUAAUCACUUUCCUUUAAAGCAUGGACUGAUUGGAUUUUAUAAGGAUGAAAAUAGAGUUUUUGCUUCAGUAUGCCAGGAUGCGGAAUGUUUCCGUACAGAACGCCGAGGAUUAGCAAUGACCAAAUCACUUACUCCACGCACAUUUUCAUACAGUAGGUGUGGGGCCUGUUUCACGGAACAUCGUAAUCCACUUUUCCAAUAGGUUCUUACUUGGGGCGUCUCUAGGUCGGCGAAUGUUGUAUCGUGUACAAAAUUUCCGAAGGGCAGCUGCGUAUGAAUCACCAAGUCAGCCUCGAUAGCAAAAGCACGUUGCGCUCCGGUCCAACGUUCCAUUGUGACUAUUUAACCCGCCGCCGAACGCGUCGAUCAAGACCUCUCCGCACUUCCGCGCGUAUACGGUUGUCGCGUAAUUCAAAUUUGAAAUCUGAACGUUCCCACUGGACACCCUGUAUUAAUUAUUCAUUACAGUUUUAGUUUCAUUGAUUUGCGUCAUGUAUGCAGCAAAUUGGAAAAACUGAACAACAGAUAAUCAUGACGUCAGCAUAUUUAAAUGAUUUCUCGUCGAGAAAACUUUGAGUUUUCUAAAAAUUGUGAUUAUUAUGUGAUUGCUUGUAUCUCUGAUGCGAUUGGGGUAGAUUUAUGAAUUUUAUUGCAUAAUACAAUCUAAAAUAAUCUCUAUCAAAAUUCAGAUUUUUUUAUUUUGGGAACUGGUGUUAUUGUAGAGCAUUUCAAAUUUUCAGGAAAAGAACUGCUUUUCAGUGAACAAUUGAUCCAAUUUAAUACAGGAUGAUAAAACUUUUUUCCAUAAAUUUCAAAUUGAUUUUAUAUUUCGUUCAUGACUUACCAGUUAAAGUUUGAUAUUUUCUGUAGGUUUGAGUGGACUGCGAAAUACUGUGUAAUCAUAAUAAGAUUGCGAAUUAUUUUCAAUUUUUGUGGUUCUGCAUAUUCUAUUCCUAAGGGCCGUAUCGUCAGUCGUUUCUACUAUUUUAUGAUGGCUUUGCGUCUUCCUUGAUUUUCAUAGUAUUUUCUCUCUCACAUAACCUCAAAAUAGAGCACUGACACGGAACAUUAGAGAUCUAGAAAUACCCCAGUCUUUCUGAAGGACAGGAAAAACUAUGAAAAUCAAGAGGGCUAUAAAGGUUCCUACAAUAAUUUAUUGGUAUAUCCAUGGUUUGCAAACUUUAUGAAUGUAUGUUUACAAAGGAAUUAAUAGAGGUGCCCUACAGCCUUGAGUGAUUUUCUUAAAAUUCGUAACAAAUACGUUGCCAAAUAAACGAGCGAAAACAUGAAAUCUAAUCAUUAUUACCAGAUCUUAUUGCAACAAAAAUUACAUGAUUUAAGUAUUCGCACUUUUGUUUAUUAUUCGACUGAAUGUGACGAGUAUAGGUAUUUCAUAAAUUCAAUCAGGUGUUUUUGAAUUAUUUUAGACAAUUCCAAAAUACUAAAUCCCUUGAAGAUUUACCAGAAUUUAUAGUUAUUUCUUUGAAACAAAUAUCUCAAAAUAAAUGUUGAUGAAAUAUUACAUUAUUUUUUUUCGCCAAAUAAUCUGUAUCAAUAACUUAUAUAAUGUUAAUAUUGAUAUUUCAUAAUCGUAUUUAUUUCA